CUCUCUCUCUGUGUCUAUAUAUAUGCGUUAAUCUCCCUCUCUUUUUGGCCAUAAUUGUCAAAACUCAAAUCUUGCGAGGGAGAGCAAGGAAUAUUAGAGAGACGGAGGAAUGGCCAUUUCGUGCUGCCUCAACGUGUCCCCUCCAACUCCAACUCCUGGCUUAGACAUGUCUUCUUCUAGAAACAAGGCAUCACAAGUUGCAUGGCCAAGGGAUGAUAAAUGGAGGAAGCAAUGUGUACUAGGGGUAACCUGCAUCAUAAUUGGAUUACAAGUUGGUAAUAUAACUGACAACAGCGCCAUUGCGGAGGAAAUCUCAUCUGCCACAGAGUCAAACUCGAAAGUAGCAAGAUGGAGUGAUAAAAGAGUGUGCCCUCCAUGGAAUGCAAAUUCGCUGGAGACGAUCGUGCCGGAGAAUCUCCCACGGCCAUCAGCUCAUAGAAGAUGGGAGGCUAUUGGUUUCUCCAAGAAUGCCCCGGCAGUCAGAGUGAGAGUGACAGCAAAAACAAGAACCAAUUGCUUCUCCAUGUAAUUCUACAGUAUUAAUUGUAGACCAAAUCAAUACCUAUGAAUUGUAUAUCGUCCAAAGCUAACGAAUGGUAUAAAAUGAUUACUUUCAAAUUUUA